CAAACACACCUGUGAACGUCUGAGGACCCCAAAGGGUAAGCUGAACACAGGGACCAAGGAUCGCUGUUGUUGUGGAUUGAAGUUAUCACGCACUAGGGUCAAUUAUCUCCCUUCGAUAUUUUUGGAAUGAUUUCGCCCAAAUUUUGCCAUCCAUCUGGUCGUUCGAUUCUUCAUUCCCGAGGAUGAAACGUCCACCAACCGUCGCAUGCGUUUGGCUUUUUAGCGGAGAAUCCAACUAUGUUUCGAGAAAUCGGUUCUAUGGCCCACGUCCGCUGUGGUUUCUUACAUCUGGCAAAGAACCUUGGAUCCUUAUAUUUGCAUCAAGCAAACCCGUAUUGCCUACGGGGAUUUGGAAUGGGGCAAGGCUCUGCGAUACCAGAUGCCGUCUUUAUAUUCAUGGAAAGGGCUGCUGGAGAGUCUCUAGAUAUCCAGACCUGGCUUUCCCUCGACGGUCUCGCGCGGGACUCGGGAUCAUUGUCCAACUCCAUAAUUAUAUCUUGCAAAUCAGGGCGCUAAAACUCCCUGUUGGCACCUUGAUCGGUUCUGUCACUAGUCAGCCUGUCUCCGACGACAGAUUUGCAUAGGGUUGGCCUGCCGAUAAGCAGGCUGGAGUCAGCGGGUCAUACGCGGACGAAGCGGACAUGAACUUGGCCCUUCGUCGACAGCACGACCUAUCCGAGUUUCCACCAAACGUUGUGGGGUCACUCUCGCGAUCAUACCCCCUAGUAUUUAAACACGGUGACAUUGAUUGAUUGGGAGCCCUCGGGGUGGUUUCCCGCUCACUGGAAAUGUUUGAAAGCACACUGGGUACCAGCUGUGCAUAACCAGGAACAUGAGUGGGAAGACCGAAUAAAGGAGAUUGUAACCCCAUACGAAAUGGAGCGCGAGGCAGACAAGGAUGUGGUACUGCAUGUCACGGACGGGCUCAGAUGGCACUAAGUAAAUCCCCUCACGCAGAACCGAAUUUGACGGAACGGUC